AUGAAUGGAUCCAGGGGGACUGAUUCACAAAGCAAGGCUGACCUCCUGUCCGGGCCGGGGCCUGGUUCUCCUCGCGGUACCCCGCGUCGAGGGCAAACCCUGCCGUUCUGUCUGUGCCCUUCACCUGGCAGCACUGGCCCAGCCGCGCAGACCUCCUCUCCUGCUCUGGCUCUGAGCAGGUCUGCGCCCAGCUUCCCUCCCCGGGUGUGGCCUCCAGGGGACUCAGUGGCCAGCGUCUUGCAUCGUGGCACCAGGGCCACGGCCUCCACCCAGGCCAGCGAGAGGGAGCCGGUCCCCACCGGCUUCUCCAACGAGCUGCUCCCUCUCCCUGGCUGGCCGUGUGAGCUUCCCGGGAUAGAAAGCUCCUGCUUCCGCAACCAGGACAGGAGAGGGCAGGAGCGGUGUCAGCGAAACCCGAAAGGGCUGACCGCGGCAGAACCCAGCUCAACUCUGGGUCAGCCGGUUUUGCCAGCCUUUGAAGCCAUCACAGGGUUCACUGUGCGGCUGUUUCGGGACCCACUGAGCAAGUCUGAGGACUGUCUUGGCCAGGACGGCAUGUGUUCAGACUUCGUGGCGUGGUUCACUGAGGCAGGGCUGGCCUCUCAGACUCGGUCCUGGGGGAGCGUUACCUGGUGCGGCCUAGAUGUGAAGGGCUGA